AUGGGGGUUUCUUUUCUCACUGAGAUGUUAAAGACCUCUUCUUUGGCCCUGGCACAUUCUUUCCACGCCUUGAGCAAGACUGGCGGGCGGAAGAAAGGCAGUGGUCGUGACCGACAGCGAGACCUUUUUCCGUGGCCUUUGCUGCGCACGUGGCCGUCAGAUUUGGCUUGCAAUCUCGACGACGAGGAUGCGCAUCUGCUGACGGCGAAUCUGUGUCUGGCAGCUCUUAACCACCUGGAACAAGGCAUGCCCAAGAGCUGCAAGUUGGAGACACGCGAGAGGGGUGCAGUGGCGGUGCCGCUGCUGGGCGACAGCGUGGACCUGCCUGUGCGUGCUGCUACUUGUGACCCGGCGAAGCUGGUGCCUGCAGAGCUCUGGUCCAAGGUUUCAGCACCUGGGGCCAUGUUUGGUUCACAGACUACCUCCACCCGCACCCCGGUCGCUUCUUCCAACAGUCAGGACCGCCACGAGUACUUGGUUCUCACAGGAAGGGAGCUGCGCUGUGGAAAGCUUCGUCUCCGGUCAGAAGUUCGUGGCCUGGCAAAAGUCUUUGCUGUUCCAAAGUCGGACCGGGCCCGGCAGCGAAAGAUCUGGGACGGCUCACACAUCUCAGAGAUGGCCAGCAAGCCGCCCAAGCCGGAGAGGCUGGCUAACCCGAGUUCUUUUUUGGACAUCUUCGUUCGGCCCGGGGAGCAGCUUUACAUGUCCAAGAGGGAUGCAAGCACUUACUUUGACUUGUUGGCUGCCCCACCUGAUCUGCAAGCGUGGUUUGGACAGGAACUCGUCACGGUCCAAGAACUCAGCGCCGCCACUGGCAUGGGAAUCGAAGAACUGUAUUCCUUUGUUGAUGACUUAGAUAGUCAAACAGCUCUUGGGCCCGACUCAGUGCUCUUUCCUGUCAACACGGCAUGGCCAAUGGGCUUCAGUUGGUCUUCGUGCGUCGCUCAAGGGAGUACACUUGGCAUGUUGCGCGGCGCUGGGAUCAACGAGCAGAACGUUUUGAGCCUUGACCAUGGUCUGCCUGAAUCGCAACAAGAACUUUGUGCCGUCGCGACUGACGAUGUGAUCCUUUUCCACAGAUGCAAACGCAGAGGGUUGUCCACGUUGAGAAGACUUGAUGCUAGCUUUGCGCUUCAUGGAGUCCAACGCAACGAGAAGAAGGACGUGACGCUGGCCUCUAGUUUGACGGGUCUUCGUUGUGACAUCAGUGCGUCGCCGCCCAUGGUGCAGCUUGCCUGUGACAAGCAAGCCCGACUUGUGCUCGCAACGUCGCCAGCCCAGCUGCAGUUAAUGCUUUACUUGGCCUGCAACAGUGGUUUUGCCUGGAUGUCCAGCAUUUUCUCGGAAGUUUACACUUUCGUUCGGGAGCAGCCAGAGUCACAAAGGCGGCGUGUUCCAGCCAGUGUGUUGGAUGAGCUGUUCGUGUCCUUAGCCUUGGCUCCGCUUCUGCCAGCAAGCCUGAGUCGAGAAUUUCUUCCGGAAGUCUUGGCGUGUGAUGCUGCUCCAGAGUUUGGCUUCGGUGUGAUUCUUCAGUGUGGAAAGCACGUGGCAGAGAAAGUUGGCAGGCUGUCAGAGCGCAGAGGGGACUACGUCAGGCUGGAACGGUCAGCGGAAGACCCACCCGAAGUUGAUCGUUUGGGCACACUUCACCGCUUGCUUUUCAAGAAGACGGACUUCAAGCAACUGAUUUCGUGCAGAGCAAAGUGGUCAGGCCACUCUGGCCUCCUGGAGUGCCAUGGAGUUCUGCUUUCGGUAAAGUGGAUUGCCAGAAGUCGCAGGAGGCAUCACCACCGCGCUGUUAUCUUAGUCGACGCCAAAUCAUCGGCAGCGUGGCAAAAGGGCGGAGCUCUGCCCGUUCUUUGA